AUGAAGCUUAGUAAUAAAGCAAGAAACUUGAGAGCUGAAGAUCAUUACUUAUCUAAAGCUAUGCAUACCAGUUUAGAAAAAUUGACUGUAAAGAGAGAACUUGACUUCGAAGAAAUACCAACAGUAAAAACAAUAAAAGGUUGGAUAGGAAGAUAUAGUGCAAAUUUCAAAAGAGAGGCAUCAGAAAGAGUGCUGUCAGGAAAUAAUGAUCAUAUUGCAGUAGUUAACAAGAGUAGUAAACAUCAAAAAUUAUAUCAAGACAAGAUCCAUUCCUUGUAUUCUAUUCUCAAUAUGAUACGUGAAAAACUUAUUAAAGAGAUGAAAUCCCCAAAACAAUCGGGGAUAUUUGCUGGUAAGAAAGAUCAGCAAAGAGUUGAUAUCAUUAAAGGCAAUAAUAAAGACAGUAUUACUUCAACAUCUUAUAAUAAAAUAUAA